GUCAAAGCGGCAAACUGCAGCUGGUUUAUCCUCGCGUUUACCGUUGUGUUGCAGGACACGGACACCUUUUUUGAUGGCGUUUUGCCGUGACGUAAUUAAACACUCAAAUCCACGAUUAGCAACGUACCCCCGUCAAUCUCAAUCCGCAGCUGCAUAUUAAUGCCAUGAACGCAGGGUGGCAAUACCAUAACUACCUACCUGAUCGAAUAAUCAUCAUCAUAAACUCAGGGAGAUAUCGCCGAAACAAAAGGCCGAGAGGAUGAGCGGCCGUAGGCUGUCGCUACUACUGGUCGCGUUGACGGCAUUGGUGGCGUUGACGGCGGUGAAGGCGGAGUACAAUGUCGUGGACUACGGCGCGAGGCCUGAUGGCGGGGCGGACUCGGCGGGGGCGUUCCAGGCCGCGUGGGGCGCAGCGUGCAACGACACGGGAAGCUCCGGCUCCCGGCCGGUGCUGCGCGUGCCGACGGGCAGGUUCCUGCUCAGCCGGGCUUACUUCAAGGGCCCCUGCCGGAGCGCCGGCGUGGUUGUGGCCAUCGACCGCAACGGCACCGUAUUCUCACCGCCGACCGUGGACAGCAGGGCGUGGAUCAUGUUCCACCACGCCGACGGUCUGGCGCUCCGUGGUGGGACGUUGGACGGGCAGGGGCAGGAGUAUUGGGCGUGCAAGAAGUCCGGCAGGUGCACCGGGCAGGGCCCCACGACGCUGGACAUUAGCCAGUCCAAGGGCGUGAGCGUGAAGCAGCUAACGUUGCUCGACAGCAAGAACGUUCACAUGGCCAUCUUCGACUCCACCGGCGUGACGGUCCAGGGUGUCAGGAUGGUCGCUCCGGCCAACAGCCCCAACACCGACGGCAUCCACGCCCAGCUCUCCCGCCACGUGAGCAUCCUCAACACCACGAUCAGCACCGGCGACGACUGCGUCUCCCUGGGGCCCGGCUCCUCCGACGUGCUCAUCAGGGACAUCAAGUGCGGCCCGGGCCACGGCAUCAGCAUCGGGAGCAUGGGAGGGCAGGCCGGCGAGCAGGGGGUGAGGAACGUGACCGUGGAGAGGGCGGUGCUGACGGGCACGACGAACGGCCUGCGGAUCAAGACGUGGGGGAUGCCCAACCCUGGCUCCGUCACGGGUGUCUCCUUCUCGCAGGUCACGAUGCAGCGCGUGGCGAACCCCAUCCUCGUGGACCAGAACUACUGCCCCCGCAGCCGCAAAGUCGAAUGCCCGGGCAAGAGCUCGGGGGUGCAGAUCAGCGACGUGUCGUACGAGGACAUUGAGGGCACGUCCAAGACGCCCGUGGCGGUGAAGUUCGACUGCAGCGACACCAACCCCUGCAGCGGGAUCAGGCUCAAGAACAUUAGGCUGACGUACCGGCACAGGCGGCCGGCGCAGGCCAAGUGCCGCAACGCUGCCGGGUCCGCGUCCGGAGAGGUCACGCCGCCGAGCUGCUUCUGAGGACCGAGCCGUCGGAGUUCGCCGUCAUCUCCUUAAUUCAUUGGUUUCUGUAAAUACUUCUCUUGCUUGAUUGGUUCGUGAACUACUACUAACACCUUGCACAGUUGCGGGAGUGUGCCAAGUGCUACCAAAUCCAAGUAAUCAUUGCUUGGUGUAUCUCAAAGCGAUCCUUACAUGUAGCCCAAUGUGGUGCUUAGUAAUUUUAGCGGAUUUGCUCAUUCUCAAUUGAUUGAGAAAUAGUUAAACCACAAUGAACGGCAUCAAUUUUACGUGGUUGUUCUUGUAGAUUUUAUUUUGAAUUUCUGUUUGUUUUUCGAGAUAUCGAAUCUUCGUGUAAAAUCAUAUGGUUAUAGUUUGUAAGCGUAGAGGGACGGCGGAAGCGACUGAAAUAGCGCGCUAGUUCUUCUAAUGCAUUUCACAAAUACCUUGUGUGCAUGCAGAAAUCUGAAACAUAUAAUAAAAUCCACAAACACCAAGCUAUAUAAUGUUCACCAUAACAAUAUACACGAGAGAUCAGCUCACAACAACAUGAAUACCCCAACAAAAGCGUCAAUGUAUCAAAAAAAAAUAUCAUGUAUGUCAUGCCUCCAGUAUCAACCCAAUCAAACUAUACUUGAGCAACGGGUCCGAAUAGCAAGCAAGCACUUGAAAAGCAACCAAUAUGAUAAAAGAAACACCAAAUCAAAGGAUAGGCGGCGAGCAACCCUGCAUUGUAGCGAUGAGUCAAGUACAAGGCAGACGCUCUAAAUAUUCAAUUUGGACACUCAAAUUUGGAUGUAUUUGUAGAUCAAAAGGCCUCAUUUCUCUCCCUACUCUAGAAACUCUCUCAAGAACAAAA